AUGGAAGCGCACAACCGUGGACGGACGGUCAGCAAUGUGGGCGGCUUUCAAAGCAGUCACAUAGCUGUUUCACAGCAUCCCAUCCUCUCCGAGCUUAUUUCGCUGGUGCAGGCUCCUUUUGCAGGAUACGUGUACAAGACACGACGAGCUCAGUCGCCGCCAGGGCUUUCUGCCUCGGACCUGUACGUGAGCUGCCAGCCGGAGCAUCUCUGGGUCAACGUCAAUAGGCCGGAUCACCACAACCAGCUACAUGAUCAUGGCCCAGCUCUGCUGUCACGUGCCGCAUCAUGCAUCUACUACCCAUACCAGGAAUCAACUACAGCUCCAACGGCCAGGGUGCGAUUUUACGACGCGGGACGCUGCGUGGAAGCUUCCCCUCACCCUGGCAUGCUUUUGCUCUUUCCAACGAGCUUGCCGCAUGAGGUGGAUCCUGUGUGGCCGGGUGGUAGUCCCCGUUUGUCAGUUGCCUUCAACCUAUUUGUUCGAUGGCUUGACAAGCCAAUCAUGAAUGCAUGCCUGGCUGGAAAUGUCGAGGAAGUGAAGCAAUUGCUAAGCAGUGGCGUAGAUGUAGAUGAGGCGGAGGCAGCUCUUGGCUUCCGGCCUCUUCAUUUGGCAGCAGAAGCUGGCAAUGUGGAUGUAGUGGAUAUGCUGAUUAAGAGCGGUGCCGAUCCUUUUGCUGUCACCAUCGAAGGCUGGUGCGCCCUGGGUUUGGCUGCGGCCCAGGGGCAUAUCAAAGUGGUAAAGCGUGUUGCUGGCUUGCACAAGGCUCCACUCAAUCGGGAGUCUGUCGAGGCAGCCCUGUCUGAAGAUGUGGACCUGCGGCGUGGCUUCGGUGGCCGCCAGGGUGCUUUGGCUGUGGCCGGGGAGCGCGGACACGCCGAAGUGGUACGGUUUCUUGCCGGCGACACUUCUGCUGGACAAGCGUGGCUUGCAAGCCAUGAAAAUAGCACCUCUGCACGACAAACUGAUUGGAAGCCCGGUGACACAUGA